CAUAACAAAUAUGCUGGAGAAAUUCCGAAAUUACAACAUCGUGUUGGUUAUCCGACGGAUCCGAUCAACUCAACUCUCCUGAAGUAUAAGAUGACUGCUUUCAAGAUUUGAAGACUUGCGCCUUUACGCCUUGACAACCUGAGUCUCUUCUCAGCACCACAACUCUCAAAGACUCAAAGCCUUUCUCUGUUUACAUAGCAAAGUCCCUUUUUCGCUCAACAAAACACGGGAUGCUUCAAGCUUUCGAAAUGGCUCUUCAAAAGAAUCUUUUGGCCAUGUCGCUUGCAGUGCUCACCCUGGUCCUGUCUCUGGUCUCAGCAAGCCCUCUGCCCCUGUCUCAAGACGGCCCAGCCGCCCUUGGGCCUCGCCAAUCCGUGUGCCGCCCCACCGUCGGCUGCGUUCCCUUCUUCAACGCACCAACAUGGAACAGCUUCGAGCUGACCAUCCCGGCCCCCGGAGACCCCCGCACGCAAACCGCUCGCUCACCCAACGGAGAGAUCGAAGCCUCCGUCUGGAACCGAGCUGACGGAUCAGCCUUUCUCGGAAUCCACCUUGGAGAUAGCUACAUGCUGCCCGGACACAGCGAAAUGCAGAUCCAAGCGCGUCAUCGGAACACUGCUAUAACCCUCAACCGUAACUCCAUUCAGCUUGAGGGUGAAGGAGGACUCGCGACUAUUCCUGCUGCGUCGAUUUCUUCUUGGAGACAGGGCAAUCGAAUUGGGAACACCAUUACGCUCACCAUCCGAUGGAGACUGGAUCAGGAUCUAUGAGAGACGAAUUGAUUGAUUGGUUCGCGUCAGAGUCGAUGAGAAGCGCGAGUUUUCAGCCCUCUUCAGCCACGUAUUUGAGGCAAAGGGUAAUGUGGUGUUUGAUUUUGGAUGUUGAUACGACAAAGUGGUAGACAAAGAGAAAAUACAGAUCAAGGCUCAGGAACCGAGUGCAAGACCCUAGUGAAAUAUCAAAAACUUAAAGCUCUACACUCUUGAUUCCCACUUCCAGUCUCCGCAACAUUAGCAUGGGACAACUCACAGCCAUGAUUCAGAACCAUUCAGCUCUCUACCCUGGCCAUUGAAACACCUAUCGAGGUUGAAAAAAAAGUGGUGUAAAAGAAACUGAUUCAAUAACACAAACCUUUAUCACAGAUUUUCUUCCGCGAUUGCUCCCGCUUGAUUACGUAUGUGGACCUACAGGGCCAAUUAGACGACGGUCCCCAGUCUUG